AUGAGUGAUCGUCCGAAGUCCACCCAGCUAACACCUGAGGAGAUUGAUCGGCUCCUGGCUGAUUCUUUGCUAUCUCUACACUGUGCUGACGACCCUGCGGUGUCCAAACCACUGUGGGUUGCACCGGAAAGCACUCUCACUGAGGCUGAUCUAGCUCUGCUUGAUGAGACCGGCAUGUGUGAACAGCCGUCUUCAGUUCCUGGUCAUCCAGGUUUUUCAACACAAAAAAGAAACAGUUUUUCCAAACUUGUUCACGGCUGGACCACCCUCAUGGGUCAUCCCAUCGCCGGUUCGAUCUCGUCGCAGUUAACAACGUCACCUCAGUCAGUUUCCAUUUUUUCGCCCCUUUUAACGCAAAGUUCAAAGCUCCUCACUGGUGUCGUCUCCUCCCUCCUCUCUCCCUGGGCAUUGGCGUCGAGACAGAUUGCCGAGAUAUCUGAACACAGUUUUGACGGCGUGGGACUUGUUCAAGAUAGACCUUGUGAGGAUAGUCUCAUUAAUGCAUUUGAAAAGAUUGGCAUUGCAGACAGCUACUCAGAACAUGAUGACGUGUUUUUCUCACCCAACCACGAUCGUGACGAGACGAAGGGUGCUAGGAAUACAUCGAUAUCGCCUUUGCCCGUCGUUCGUCUGCGCAGCGCGAUGAUGGAGGACACGCAAUGUGGCCCGAACACUGAGUCCUCGGUCUAUUCAGACGCCGUAAGCGUGCCACUCUCUCCAAGGCGCUCGAUGCCACCAUCCCCCCAUCGGUCCUCGACUCAUCUCGAAAACUUGGAUGCCGUUUCCUCAUCCCACUCGAGGCUUCUUUCAGAAGUAGAAGGCUUUCCACCUAGCCAAUUUGGACAUUGCCCACCACAAUUGGUAAACGCCGAUCUAACAUCAUCUUUUUCUCUAAACAAAACCACCGCGGAGGAGGAGGCUUCAAAAAUUAAUAAAAAUUUACUCCCAGGCGUUAAUAGUUCACCUAAGAGGGAGAUCUUUCCUCGAGGUGUGUUCUCUGCAGAGCCAGAAAUAUCGGAAGACACUUUUGCUUGUUCGGCAUCGCGAGAAGCAUUUGGGGAUUUUACUGUGGAUGUGGUUUUGCCAAAAUUGGAAGCGAAUACUUCCACAAAAUCUAGCGCUGUUUAUCCGGAAGGUCCUGGACAACCAGAUACCGAAUUGACUCCUCAAUCUUUCUUUAAACCGCGCGUUUCAUGCUCACCCUUUCCAAUGAUGAUCAGCGUGAUGAGUGACAAUGAGGAGUGGAACACAACUCAGAAGUCCACUGGUCGUUCCUCCAUACCUAUAAAUUCGCGAAGAAAUUCAAAAUCCACCGUCUAUGGACGCAAGGCUAAACCACAGGAUGAACUCGUCUCUCGGGCGGUAGAAAGUUCAAUUAAGGGCUUAUCACAUGAGGGCAGUGAGGUAUCCCACCGAUCAUCGAAACGGUGUGAAAUGGCUACGUUUGAGCAGCUCUCACCUCAAUUGAGCAGUAGCACCCUUUUUUCUACUUCUGAAAAUAGUUCACACUGUUCGAUUUCAAGCCGCCCAUCCUCAGAGCAUUUAUCGGCAGCGUCUGGCAUGUUGCAGCCACCACCGCGUAAGGCCGCAAAUAGCGUUACAUUUACAGAAUCUGAGCAAGACAAAGAGAAUGUAUCACCAGAUGUGUCGGUAAUAGUCACUAGACGCCGCGCCAUUCACCGACUCCCGGUGCUUCCCGUCCCUACGGGACCGGUACCAGCACCGAGGCAUUCGGCCCACAAGGCGAAGACUCAACUUGCUUUUCCGACAGGGAGAGGAGAGAUUGUUGAGGCGAAGGCUCAACUUCGUCGGGAAAUAAAAGCGCUUAAAGCCAAAGAGGAUAUUUUGUGGUUGGUAUUGAUCAAAUAUGGGACGGCAUUUGAGGAGGCUUUGGACCAACGCAGUCAGGUGCACUUUGCGGCGGCCAGUGCAAGGGCCCAGGCUAGUAACGAAGUCUCUGAGACACGUCGUCAGACUGCUACCCUCUACAAUGCCGUUCUAGAAUCACAGCGACGACACGAGCGCAUGCGUGAAACGAUCGAAAAGGCCGAGGCUAGUCAAGAUGAGUGGUUGAAACGCAUUGAAGCUCUCCAAACGAAGCACACUCGUCAGUCGGAGAAAGGGGUGACCUAUCAAAAAUACUGUCUUGGAAAGAUUCAAAGGGCCCUCGAAAAUCAGGAGGUGACAAAGACCGAGAUGGAAAAGGAGCUUAGCAAACUGCGUGUUCAAUCCAAGCAAAUGGAAAUGAAACAAAGGUCCCUCGAGGCUGAACUAAAACAAAAGGCCCAAGAGAAUCAAGAGCUUACCCGCAUUUGUGACAGCUUGUUAACGUGA